CACAGAGUAUAUAAUCAGCUCGAGUCGAUCGAGUUGUAAUGGUUUGAAAUGUGCUUUAUACAGCAACUGGCCAGGCAUCUGAAGAAAGUGAUGGGGAACCUUUUUUCUGCAGGAAAUACAGAUUGCGAACUGGUUCCAAAAAAUAAAAGACCAAUUAUAGGAAUUCUGUCAGUGGAUUGUGAUGGUCACUUUGCCGAUUAUGGAAAGUCAUACAUAGCUGCGUCAUACGUCAAGUUUAUCGAGAGCGGUGGUGCCCGCGUUGUUCCAAUCCGUAACGAUUUACCAGAAGAAGAGCUGCAAUCUCUCAUUAAUAGCAUCAAUGGGGUCAUAUUUCCAGGUGGGGGAGCCAGUCUAUCUGACUCCGCUUACUUCAGGGCAGGCAAGAUGAUUUAUGAUUUGGUGAUACAGGAUAAUCACAGUGAUCGGGAGAAUGAGAAGGAACCGUUUUUCGUGUGGGGAGCCUGCCUUGGUUUUGAGAUGAUGCAUGUCAUUAUCUCAGAGUUGACAAACGAUGAAAUGUUGGAGUCAUGUGACGCUGAGAAUUAUUCCAUUCCUCUGGAAUUCACUGCAGAGGCAUAUAAAAGUCGAAUGUUUGGUUCUUCUCGAGAUAGGGACAGAGUAAUGAAAAUUCUUAAAGAACAAGCUGUAACAAUUAACAUGCAUCAGAAAUGCGUGACACCUCAGAAAUUCUAUGCAAACAAGAACACUGUCGGAUUCUUCGAUAUCCUGUCAACCAACGAGGACCGGAAGGGAGUGGAAUUUAUCUCCACCGUUGAAGGCAAGAAGUACCCUGUAUACGGAACACAGUGGCAUCCGGAAAAAUGUCAGUUUGAGUGGACACCAAAAGAAGAGAUUGACCAUUCACCAGACGCUGUUUUUGUUGCACAGUAUAUGGCAAAUUUUUUUGUUAAUCAAGCUCGACGGAACACCAAUCACUUUCCAAGCGAGGAAGCAGAAGAAAAGGCCUUGAUUUACAAUUAUAAACCGGUUGAUACUUCAAAGAUAUCUUCAUUUGAACAGUGUUAUUUCUUUUAAGUAGCUUCAUUUUACACCGGCUGCGAUUUCCUUUGCUCAUUUCUGCACGUUAAAUAAAGUUUUAGGUCUUUUCCCUGAAAGUUUUAAAGAAAUUGUAGUUAGUAACCCAAGUAAGCUCAGUCAAUGACUACAUCGAUAAGGUUAGUUGUGAUACGACUCAGACACAAAUGAACGGUGUUAACAGUUUGUCUCCUAACAGUAAUUAGCAUCUAAUUUCUCCUUACAAUAUCAGCCUUAAAUUACACAUCAAGGUCACGAGAAUAAAGAAAAUGAUCAUUAACUUGAUUGUUAAACACAUUCUCUAUGUCAGCACCUAAAGAAAAUUUACGGAGGACAGCAUAGAGAAUGUGCAUACAGAUGUUAGGAUGUGAGGGGUUAAAGGAAGUGUUAGUUUAUUCCCUAGUUGAAAGUACUUGCAUUGUAUGAUGAUACAUGUGUAGGGAGAAUUAAAUUGAGGCAAUCUUCCGAAUGAAUUCGAAACAAUACUGUACUUUCUCCCUUUAGGCGCACACUAUGGCGGGUUAAAUGGGUUUUUCAACAGAUCAUGUCGUUGCCUUCGGUCAUUAAUUUUUAAUUCGCUGGUGAAACGAGAACUGAGCAAAAUAAAGCAAAGUUCUUUCUUUCUCCUUUCUGUAAAUGUAACUAAAGCAAAAAAAAAAAUAAUGAUAAUA